UAGUUAUUAACUUUGACGGCUCGGAAAAAGAAUAAUCCUUUGUAAAAGGUUCAUCCAUCAUUAAUGUGUCGUCGUUCAGAACCGUGUCUGCACAAAAAUUGGGGAAUUUUAGAAAAACACAUGUGAACACUUUUUAUCAUUAUAGUCUCUGCAUUCUACUUUCAGCUCAAAUUCGUCCAAGGGAAAAGGUUGGUCUGAUCGGUGAAAAGGUUGGUUUUCGAAGAUGUGGUGCGUCCCCUGCUGCUUCAAGCCCUCCACUUCUGAGGAUCGUUUUGAAGCAGAAACUAUUCACGUCAUAGAAGUUUCACAGCAUGAAGCUGACAUUCAGAAAGCUAAACAGCGUUCUUUGGCCACUCAUGAAGCUGAAAAGCUUGAUUUGGCCACUCAUGAAGCUGAACAGCUUGAUUUGGCCAUUCAAGAAUUUUCUCGUCAAGAGGAGGAGGAGGAAAGAAGGCGCACCAGAGAGUUAGAAAACGAUGCGCAGAUAGCAAAUGUUCUUCAACACGAGGAAAGAGAAAGGCUGAUCAAUAAGAAAACUGCAUUGGAAGACGAAGAAGACGAGCUGCUUGCUAGGACUUUAGAGGAGAGUUUAAAGGAGAACAACAGAAGAAAAAUGUUUGAAGAACAAGUGAACAAGGAUGAACAGCUUGCUCUGAUUGUUCAGGAGAGUCUGAACAUGGAAGAGUAUCCUAUUCGACUUGAAGAAUAUAAAAGUAUAUCUCGUAGAGCUCCGUUGGAUGUAGAUGAGCAGUUUGCUAAGGCUGUUAAGGAGAGUUUGAAGAACAAAGGUAAAGGAAAGCAAUUUGAAGAUGAACAAGUGAAGAAGGAUGAGCAGCUUGCUUUGAUUGUUCAGGAGAGUCUAAACAUGGUAGAGUCUCCUCCUCGACUUGAAGAAAAUAACAACAUUUCCACUAGAGCUCCUGUGGAUGAAGAUGAGCAGCUUGCAAAGGCUGUUGAAGAGAGUUUGAAGGGGAAGGGUCAAAUAAAGCAAUCAAAAGAUGAGGUGGAAGGAGAUGGAAUGCUCCUAGAGUUGAAUCCUCCUCCUAGCUUGUGUGGUGGUUGCAACUUUGCGGUUGAACAUGGAGGAUCUGUGAAUAUCUUGGGUGUUCUUUGGCAUCCUGGAUGUUUCUGUUGUCGUGCUUGUCACAAACCAAUUGCUAUCCACGAUAUCGAAAACCAUGUUUCAAACUCAAGAGGCAAGUUUCACAAAUCGUGCUAUGAACGGUACUGCUAUGUCUGCAAAGAGAAGAAGAUGAAAACGUACAAUAAUCAUCCGUUUUGGGAGGAAAGAUACUGCCCUGUUCAUGAAGCUGAUGGAACUCCCAAAUGCUGCAGUUGCGAAAGGUUAGAGCCUAGGGAAUCAAACUAUGUAAUGCUUGCUGAUGGUCGAUGGCUAUGCCUCGAAUGUAUGAAUUCUGCCGUUAUGGAUUCUGAUGAAUGCCAGCCUUUGCACUUUGACAUGCGUGAUUUCUUCGAAGGCUUAAACAUGAAGAUUGAGAAAGAAUUUCCUUUUCUUUUGGUGGAAAAACAAGCGCUGAAUAAAGCUGAGAAGGAAGAGAAAAUUGACUAUCAGUAUGAGGUGGUAACCAGAGGUAUUUGCCUAUCUGAAGAGCAGAUUGUCGAUAGUGUCUCCCAAAGGCCAGUCAGGGGGCCAAACAACAAGCUAGUAGGCAUGGCUACAGAAUCUCAAAAGGUAACUCGUGAGUGCGAGGUCACUGCAAUUCUCAUCCUAUAUGGACUUCCUAGGUUACUAACAGGAUAUAUUUUGGCUCACGAGAUGAUGCAUGCUUAUCUUAGACUCAAUGGACAUAGGAACCUGAACAACAUUUUGGAAGAAGGAAUAUGCCAAGUUCUAGGUCACCUGUGGUUGGAUUCUCAGACAUACGCCACUGCUGAUGCUACUGCAGAUGCAUCAUCAUCAGCUUCUUCUUCUUCCCGCACUCCUCCAGCUGCUAGUGCGUCAAAGAAAGGUGAGUGGUCUGAUUUCGACAAGAAACUGGUGGAGUUUUGCAAGAAUCAGAUAGAAACAGACGAUUCACCGGUCUACGGUCUUGGAUUCAGGACAGUUAACGAGAUGGUGACAAACUCCAGCCUCCAGGAAACCCUGAAAGAGAUUCUUCGCCAGAGGUAAAGACGAUCCCAGAUUCAAAGUUUUGAAUUUGCCAUACAAGACACGUCGACACAUACAUACAUACCAUAUACACAUAUAUAUAUAUAUAUAUAUAUAUAUAUAGAUUCAGAACAAUGUUUUCAAGCUAUCACCAAGUACCCUUUUUUUCUUGUCCGGCGUUUCCUUCUUUGGUGUGUUUUUGAUUUUGGGAAUGCUGCUUCUUUGUUUUUGUUGUGUGUAAACCCUUUUUCAUCUUAAUCCCGUAAAGUUGGAAACCUUUGGAGGAUUCUGCGUUCAGCAAAUGUAUCUUCGUUCGGAUUAAACUCCUUAGUGAAACUAUUUCUU